ACGGUGACGUAAUCGAGGCGCGCAUCACAUUGGCGCGGAAGUUUGUUUUGUAACUUCAGUCUGCUGGUCCUCUGUGGACUCGUCUGCCUUUCAACAGAUGAUGCGUAAAAAGCGCCGUUCCUCUGUGGAAAAGGUAGAAACACCCUCUGCAAAAACAAAGGCAAAGAAGAGUCGGAGCACUGGUCGUCAGGCCAAAGAAAACGUUUCCAAAGAGACAAACGAAAGUGUGUUUGACACCUUUGUGAGAGAGGCAGGUGUCACCUUGAGUCGUGCUGGCACCUCUAAUGAGAUAGCUGUUGAUCAGGUAGUUUUCCAGAGGCGGGUGCAGCAGCAGCUCCAGAGGAGCCCGAGGUACCCCGGGAUAAAGCAGGAGUUUAUCACCGGGCUGGAGGCUCAUAUUGAGGAUGCCGACCGCUUUAGGAGCUGCCUCCUCCCGUGUGUUCCGCAGUGUUCUGACGAAAGCUCCAGCUCUGCCGGCUCCUUCCAGGAGAGCCUCCUGCGAAUGCUGCUGGGCAUCGAAAUGCUACAGACUUUGAUUAUUAACACCUUACUUGAGAAACUCCCUGAGUUCAUGCUGGACAGCACUGGUGAUGGAGGACUCAGUAUCCCACGCAUGAUCGUUAAUCAGCUCAAGUGGCUGGACAGAGUUGUGGACAGUAAGGAACUGGCUGGAAAACUCAUGGAGUUGGUGUCAGUUGCGCCGCUGGAGGUUCAGCGGGACAUCAUCACCAGCCUACCGGAGAUACUGGAGGACUCCCAGCACAACGACAUAGCCAAGGAGCUCAGCCUUUCUCUCCAGGAGAACACCCAGCUCACAGUGCCCAUCCUGGAUGCCCUCUCUAGUCUGAACCUGACCUCCUCGCUACUGACAGAGGUCCGUGGGGCUGUUAUGGCCACUCUGGCUGCUGUGCAGCUGGAGGACCUUCCUGUUGUGGUGAAGUUCAUCCUGCACUCCAUCUCAGCCUCUGACGCCAACGAGGUGGUGAGCGCUCUUCGUAAAAAACUGGAUCUGGAGCAGUGUGUACUUCCUCCCUUACUGCAGGCCUCUCAGAGUCGUAUGAAGAGCAAAGGGACGGGUGGGUCUGCAUCCAAACCAGCGGCUGGCAGCAGUCAGGACAGCGUUACCCUGACUCUGGACUGCAUCAAGUCAGCUGUGCGCUUCCAGAAAACUAUCUCUGAGGCUUGGCUCAAGGCAAUAGAGUCUGUGGACGAGGCCGAGGACCACAAGGUUAUGGAUCUGCUGGUGCUCUUAAUACUCCACUGCACCAACGCCAACCAGAGCCGACGGGGCGCAGAGAGGGUGCUGAAGAUCAAAGUGAGGGCUGGAUUCAUCCAGGAAGCUCUGCUGCAGAAGACCUUCCGCGACUACGCUCAGGUGCCUCCCGCAGAACAGCAGAAAGCUCUGUCUCCUGCUGCCACUGCGAUACUGACGUCUUUAUGGCUGCUGGUGCUGCAGGUCAUGCGUGGCUACUUCCCGUCCAUCCUGUCCCUGGCUCAGAGUCUGCUGCGCUCCGCUGACCCCUGCGUGGUGCCGUUCGGGGCGCACAUGUACCGGCACUCCUUCACUUCCUUCGACUCUUUCUGCCAUCAGGAAGUGGUGGGUUCUCUGGUGACCCACGUGUGCAGCGGCGUGGGUGGCGAGGUGGACGUGGCUCUGGAGCUCCUCUGCGGCCUGGUGACAGAAAAGCCCUCGGAAAUGACCCUGUACGCCGUAUUUGUCAAGGGAAUCUUGGACUACAUGGACAACCUCACACCCCAGCAGAUUCGAAGGCUCUUCCACCUUCUCAGCAGACUGGCUUUCGAGCAGCAGCAGGGAUCUCACAUUCAGGACGAUAUGCACAUAGUGAUACGCAAGCAACUCUCCAGCACUGUGCCCAAGUACAAGCGCAUCGGUAUCAUUGGAGCAGUGAUGGUUGUAGGCAGCAUGGGGGCCUGCAGGCCUAAAGGGAAAGAGACGCAGAAUACUUCGUUGUCUCAGGAAACACUCAGACAGGUGACAGCUUUGUUGGAGCUGGUGAAGUCCAGCAGUGAGACCUCCCCUGAGGCUGCAGCUCUGUACUACGACGAACUGGCCAACCUGAUCUGGAGCUCUAACCUAGAGCCUCAGGUGCAGGAAAUGAUUGGAAGGAGUGUUCUGGAUGACUUCCAGGAUGACUUUGUGGUGGACCUUGGGCCAGAUAUAACUGGUUCCUUCCCCUUUCCAGCAUCUAUCAUGUACAACCUGGAUGAGGACGAAAGUCAGGGAGGGAUCGCCCUCAACCUGCUGCCUCUGAUGGCAAAGGAACUGCAAAACAAAGGGGAGCAGCAAACUCAAAGCAAGAAGCCACAGAAGCGAGUGUCUCCGCUGUGUUUGUCUCCAUUUUUCCGUCUCCUGAGGCUUUGUGAGGAGAAGCAGCACCAGGGAGACCUGGAGGAGAUAGACGCCCUUCUGGGGUGCCCCCUGAUCCUUACAGACAUGGACGUGGUGGAGAAGAUGGAAAGCCUGUCAAAAGUGGAGAGGGAGUUCCUUUGUUCUCUGCUCUUUCACACCAUCAACUGGUUCAGAGAGGUUGUUAAUGCCUUCUGUAGACAAAAAGAAACUGAGAUGAAGAUGAAAGUGAUGACUCGCCUGCAGAACAUCACAUAUCUGCAGAUGCUUUUGGAAAGAGCUCUGGCAGGAGCCCCUGGCUAUGUACCGCCCCUUUGUAACUUUGAUGGAGAAAGCCCAGACGCUAUUUCAGUGAGUUCCACCAUCCCUGUGAAUAAGGCAAAGAAAGAUGGCAAAGGAAAGAAGAGAAAGGCACCGGGUAAGAAUUCCUCUGAUGGCAGCUCUCAGCCCGAGGAGGCGACAGAGGCCGAUGAAACUCAGCAGGAGCAGCCGGAAAAGGAGAAAGAGAAGGGAUUCCGGCCGAGUGUCAGUUUGACAGCCUUCAGGCCGUUUUUCAGGGAGCUGGACAUGGAGGUGCUCAGUGUUCUGCAGUGUGGCCUCCUGUCACGCUCACUGCUGGACACAGAGCUCCACACCAAGGUGUCUGAGGAGGUUUUGCUGGGUGCUGCUGAGCUGGUCUUCUUGCUGGAGGACAUGCUGCACAAACUGGAGUUCAGCCUCACAGCCGCACCGGCCAAAAGAGCCCCUUUCCUCAAGGCAAGGGCUGAUAAAAGUGUGGGCUUCUCCCACCUACAACAGAGGAGUUCUAAAGAAAUUGCCUCCUGCUGUAUCCAGCUGCUGCCUGCGCUUUGCACACAUCUGGAGAACUGCCACAACCACUUUCAGACUCUGCUGUCGGAGAACAACGGCGUGGUGGACGGGCCCGCCACAGACGUGCAGGAGCACGGCUUAAUGUCGUCUGGCUACCAGCUGCUCCUGCAGGUCCUGAGCACCACUUUCAGCUGGUCUGGAUUCAGUCAGCCGGGACAGCGCGGCUUACUGAAGAAGGCUCUCGGGGUUUUGGCCGGACGGCUUAAAGAAGGAGGUGCUGAGCUGACACUGGAGCAGCUUGUGAAACACAGUUUUCAGUACCUGCUGAAUUUCCGCAGCACCAUACCAAAUCUCAGCACAGCUUUGUGUCUCUCUCAACUUCUGUCCACUGUGGCCGAGAGAGGGGGAAAUUCUGCCGCCUACAGAGAGCAGACUGCUUCUUUAGCACGACAUUUCCUGACCCAGGCUUGGGUGACAGCGAGUGGGGAGAGAGAGCGAGGGAAUAAAUUCAAUGAAGCGCUUCACUCUCUUUUAAGCAUCUACCUGGAUCAUGUUGACGACGUUCUGAAGGCAGUGGAGGAGAUCACCGGAGAAGCAAUCCCCGAACUGCUUAACGUAUCGAAAGAUGAGACCUCUACAUCCUGGCCCACGCUGAGCAGGCAAACAUUCUUGGUGUUUUACAAAGUGUUGAUGGCAGAACUGGAGAAAGCUGCCCGGAAGAUUCCUGCCGGCAAAAUGAGUGACAGCACUGAGGCUCAGAGUGAAAAGGUGCUGACCUGGAAUUUGGCUGUCAGAGAUUUUCACAUCAUGGUCAACCUGGUGAAGGUUUUUGAUUCCAGGCCAGUGCUGAAUGUGUGCUUAAAGUAUGGCCGACUUUUCCUGGAGUCUUUCCUGAAGUUGGGGAUGCCGCUACUGGACUACAGUUUCAAAAGGCACAAGGAGGAUGUCCAGAGCCUGCUGAAGACCUUCCAGCUCAGCACCCGUCAACUCCACCACAUGUGUGGACAUUCUAAGAUUAAUCAGGAUACCAGCCUGACCAACCACGUCCCAGCCUUGAAGAAGAGCCUUGAGCUGUUUGUUUACAGAGUGAAGGCCAUGCUGGCACUAAACAACUGCCAGGAGGCCUUUUGGAUUGGCAACCUGAAGAAUCGAAACCUGAAGGGCGAAGAAAUCCUCUCUCAGAGGUCACAAGGAAGCGAUGAUGAUAAUGACGAGGAGGAGGAGAACCAGGGCUUUCAGCUACCACACGAAGAGUCCGAUGAUGAGGAGAGUGAUUCUGAACCUGUGAAGAAAAGUAACAGAAUGGAAGAUGUGGAGCAGGAUGACAUUACUGAGGACUCUGACUAAUCCUCAUCAUAAAGUGAUCGUUUUGGGGUGAUGUUGUCAAACCUUUUGUUUGGGUUGAAACCUAAUUUACAGAUUGUCUCUUCAAGUGUCUUUUUAAGUCUGAUAGGCUUUUUUUAGGCACUUUGUACAUCUAUUAAAUACUUUGUUCAUUUGGACUUUUUUUUUAUGAAGCGCAUACACAUGGCUGUAACUUUUUGAAAAUAUUCAAAAAGAAUGUGAAAUGCUUUUAUGAAACUAACCGAUAAAACGUGUCUACUCAUUGGGUAUCCUCAAUGCACAAUAAGUUCUUAAAAGAAAUGUAUGUUAUAUUUGUUUGCAAGGAAAUAAACUACUCAUUUAUU